AUGUUAGAUCCUCCCAGUUCCUUGGCCAUCGCCUCGGCAGGGCUAGCUAUUGUGGCCCUACUGAACACCAGAGCCAUUGGGUCCAUUGGGCGUCGCCUGCUACAUGUGAACCGCACGCAGAUCUCACAGCACGACUUGUACGAAGACGAAGAUGGCGUUGCAACCAAGCAGUCUCUCAAGGACUACACGGCAACCCUCCGGUGGUUGUUGUAUGGGACCACGCUGCUGACCGUCGCUGGGAUUGGAAUCUCCCUGUCAAUCGCCGUCCUCGGUACUUCUGGAUCUCUGGGAUCACAGAACCUUCGAAUCGAAAGCUGGUUAGGGGCUGCCGCUUGGGCUCUUCUUGGUCUCAAUGCCAUAGCAAUGCUGUUGGAGUGCUCGCCCCUCAACACAUUUGGGCUUUCUGUCUUCGGAUUCCUCGCCACCUUUGCAACCGUGGCCACCCCAGCCCUAGAGCUUUUCUUCGUAUUGACGAUAUCCGAAAAGAAACAAUAUUUUGACUCCACGUACCUCGGACUACUUCUAGCCCAGUCAGUUGUGGGAUUGGCUCUUAGUAUCGUCUAUCUUUUGGUCCCACGUCGACCAGAUGUCUUCUUCCAGGACAAACUGGUGGACCGUCAAUAUUCCAGUCCGUUAUUACACAGGGUUACCUUUGGGUGGGCAGAUCGGCUUCUACAGUUCGCCAUCCGCAACCGGGGCCUCGAAAUCGAUGACUUGAACUUUAUCGAUACCACUCUGAGGUCAAAAGACUUGCACGCCAAUUUCGAGGCCAGUAGAGGGUCGUUGCCACUGUGGAAGCUACUGCUCAAAGCAUACUGGCCGACUAUUCUCUUGCAAUACUUUCUGACAUUGAUUUACUCUUUUGCUCAGUUUAGCCCUCAAAUAGCACUAUUUGGUCUAUUAAAGUCCCUUGAGGAUCGUGAACUUGGGCAAGAAGUCAAGUGGAGGACGUGGCAGUGGGUCAUUAGUUUGGGUGUCUUUGAAAUGACCGCCUCCUCCCUUAAUUGUUAUCUUUACUGGGUCGUCUAUACAAAACUCGCCAUGCCAAUAAAGCAACAACUUGCUGCAUUUGUAUUUGCCAAGGCAAUGCGUCGGAAAGAUGUCAAAGGGGCGGAAAAGCCCAAUUCCACACCAGAUGAUACAACUGACAAAGAUUCGGAUACCGACGCCACUAGUGAAGCUGAUUCGGAUGAAGAAAAUGACACAGGUUUAGGGAAAACUCGACAAAGCAUUAUCAACCUCGUCGUUGUUGAUGCCGAUGUUAUUUCAGAUGCAGUCCAAUACAACCAUUUGCUGGUGGCUUCCAUGCUCGAGCUGGCCAUUGCUUGCACUUUUCUGGUUAAUCUUCUGGGCUGGAAGGCCACAUUUUCUGGUCUCUCAAUAGCCGUGAUCGUUCUGCCAGUCAACGUUUACACUGCCAAAAAGGUUGCGAACGCUCAGACAUCUUUGAUGAAGUACCGCGACCAGAAGGUCGCUGUUCUGACCGAGGUUCUGCAAGGAAUUCGCCAGAUCAAAUUUUCGGCCGCGGAAUCAUCGUGGCAGCAAAAAGUGUCAGAAGUUCGAGAGCGAGAGCUAGGUGCACAGUGGAGGGUACUUGCUUAUGAUAUUGGCCUCACAACCAUCUGGUUAUUAGGUCCUAUCAUGCUUUCAGCUGUUUCGCUUGCUGUCUACGCAAGUAUUAAUGGGAAACUCACAGCCUCUGUCGCUUUCACCGCUAUGUCUGUGUUCGAGACACUUGAAGUGUCGUUUGCUGUUCUUCCGGAACUUAUAUCCGAUUUUGUAGAAGCUUGGGUUAGUAUGGGUCGAAUUGACAAGCACCUAGACGCCCCAGAAAAAGGCCAAGUCACUGUCCCAUCCGAAACGAUAGCUUUUGAAAAGGCCAGUGUUGCAUGGCCAGUUGAUGACGAGGAAACGUCCACCGAGGAGCGAUUCAUGCUGCGAAACCUAAACAUGAGCUUUCCAGACAAGGGCCUGACAGUGGUCUCUGGCAAAACAGGGUCGGGCAAGAGUUUGUUACUAGCUACGAUCCUCGGAGAAGCUGACAUUCUCGAUGGUACUGUCAGGGUUCCACAGCCUCCGCCAAUUGAAGAAAGACAUGACAAGCUAGCUAACAGCUCUAAUUGGCUCAUUGACUCUGCCAUCGCGUAUGUUUCGCAGACGCCAUGGAUUGAAAAUGCCAGCGUUCGACAGAAUAUUCUCUUUGAUCUUCCUCACGAUGCCACUAGAUACGAUAUGGUUCUUUCCGCCUGUGCCCUGAAAAAGGAUCUGGAUAUGCUUACCGAUGGUGACUUGACAGAUAUUGGUGCCAACGGUAUUAAUUUGAGUGGCGGUCAGAAAUGGAGGGUUUCAUUUGCCAGAGCGCUAUACUCGCGCGCUUCUAUACUGGUGAUGGACGACAUAUUCAGUGCAGUUGACGCACAUACUGGAAGGCAUCUUUUUGAGCAGGCUCUGACCGGAGAACUUGGCCAAGGUCGGACCCGUAUUCUGGUCACUCAUCAUGUGGGCCUAUGCCUUCCACGAACGGAUUAUGCGGUUUUCAUGGAAGAGGAUGGCGCUCGUUGCGGAACGAUCGAGGAAUUGAAAAAGUCGGAUUCAUUGGCAUCUCUCUUGCUGUCGGAUAACGAGGGAGAAGAGCCCUCUAGUGAAACAGUAAUAGAGGUGGAUGGCUCUUCCCCUGUAAAAGAGGCUGCGCCCAAACGGAAGCUCUCAGCACAUCACCCACAAGUCGAGCCUACAGGCAAUACAGGCAACGAUAUGGACAGAAAGCCGAUUCCUAAGAAGUUUAUGGAGGAUGAAGGCCGUUCCACUGGAUCUAUCAAAAAAGAGAUCUACGCAAGAUACUUUAAGACUGGAGGCAAUACCCCGCUCUGGUUAGCAGGCUUCGCUGUUUGCAUUGCUUACCAAGUAAUUACUGUUGGAAGGUCCUGGUGGCUUAAUAUGUGGACUGCGCAUUCUCAGUCCCAGGAAAGUCAAUACCCAAUCACCAUUAAACAGCCUAUUCAUCAGCAGGUGAUAUCGUCAAACACAACAUCCCAGCUUGCAACCACUGUACAAGAUGACAGUCUUAUGUUUUAUCUUAGUAUUUAUGUGCUUCUGUCAGUUCUUGCAUGUGUCAUCGGCUCGCUUCGGUAUUUUUGCGUCUUCUAUGCGUCACUUCGCGCGUCGAGAAGCCUUUUUAACCAGUUGGCCUAUGCCGUCCUUCGAGCACCAUUACGCUGGCUUGAUACAGUUCCUCUUGGUCGAAUCUUGAAUCGGUUCACAUCUGAUUUCCGUCUACUCGAUAACAGUCUGGGUUACAGUAUCAGCUCCGUCGCAAACCAUGUCCUUGAAGUCUGUGGCAUCGUUGUUGCUGGCGCUCUCGUUUCGCCGUGGUUGAUCAUUUUCGCUUUUGUGCUAUUUUUAGCUUAUCUUUACUUUGCUAGUCUAUAUCUCACUGGUGCUCGAGAGAUUAAACGUUUAGAAAGCAACGCCAAAAGCCCGAUUCUCGAACAAUUCGGCUCUGCACUAGUAGGACUAGGAACUAUUCGCGCAUUUACAAAGAAGGAUACCUAUAUUCAUCGGAUGCACAACCUCAUCGACCGCCACAUGCAAGCUUGGUAUCAUCUCUGGUUAUUUAACUACUGGUUAAGUUUCCACAUGAAUGUCAUUGGUGCGACCUUUUCUAUGGUCAGUGCCAUGCUAAUUGUUUCCAUGGGCGGGAUAUCGGCGUCCCUCGCUGGGUUUGCGCUCAGCUUUGCUCUGCAAUACACGGACAUUAUUGAAUGGACUCUCCGCCACUAUGCAGAUCUCGAGCUGGAAAUGAAUGCAGCCGAGCGUGUGGUUGAAUACUCGAAUAUUGAGAUAGAAGAUCAAGAGGGUAAGGAUGCACCUGCAGCUUGGCCCGCAGAGGGCAACAUUGAGGUGGAGGAUCUUGUUGUCGCAUAUGCACCAGAUCUGCCACCGGUACUCAAAGGCCUCAAUUUCCGUGUGGAACAAAACCAACGAGUCGGUGUUGUCGGCCGAACGGGCGCUGGAAAAUCUUCUCUUACCCUGGCUCUGUUCCGGUUCUUGGAAGCACGCCAAGGACGCAUUAUUAUCGACGGUAUUGAUGUCUCAACAAUAAAGCUACAUGAUCUACGUAGUCGGUUGGCAAUCAUUCCUCAAGAUCCAGUCUUGUUCUCGGGAUCCAUUCGUUCCAACUUGGACCCGUUUUCUGAACACUCUGAUGAUGAGUUGUACACAGCUUUAGAGAGGGUGCAGCUGAUGACUAGAACUGAGACAUCUGAAGGCGAUUCUUCAACAGGAUCAAGCACGCCAGUCAGCAGUAGCAGCGGAACCGCAAUUCAAGACAACACAAAUGCCAACAUUUUCGAAUCCCUGUAUUCGCCGGUCUCCGAGGGCGGUCUAAACCUGUCCCAAGGCCAGCGCCAACUUCUCUGUCUUGCUCGCGCCAUCGUCUCACGGCCCAAGAUCAUGGUCCUCGACGAGGCCACGUCGGCAGUUGACAUGGAUACCGACACGCUUAUUCAGCGUUCGAUUAGGUCUGAGUUUGGUCGCAAUGCAACUACUCUCCUAGUUAUCGCGCAUAGGCUAAGUACAAUUGCCGAUUUCGAUCGGAUCUUGGUCAUGGAUGCCGGCAAGGUGGUGGAGUUUGGAGCCCCGAGAGAGUUGAUGGGGAUUGAGGGUGGUGUGUUUCGGUCGUUGGUGGAGGAAAGCGGUGAGAGAAAAACGUUGGAGGAAGUUAUAUUUUCGUAG